AUGGCCAGGCUAUCACGUCUGCCCGAUGAGCUUCUUUGCAUGAUCGGUGACUGCUGCGAUCAUAUCCUAGACCUACAUUCGCUUUCGGCAACUUGUCGCCAAUUCCACCACAUCUAUGAUCCACUGCUGUGCAAGGCCGCUGCCAAGGACUACCCGCACUUGCUCACCUGGGCUUGUGAUACUUCCCAGCUCUCACUCGUCAAAAAGUUGUUGGCUGCCGGAGCUGACCCCAAUAGGCCAUGCGUUGCCAUAUCUCCGCGAGAACAAGCAAACUACUCGAAGAGGGUCAGCGGGCUACGGAUUGUCCCCAGACCACGAGACCUCCUGACAAUUGUCUAUAAUCACAAUGUUCCCCCGAGAAUGGAGGCUUGGAGAUCAAUGCUUGGACAGACCGCUAACGUUGUAGCCAACGAUUACGAGGACAAUCACUAUGACGAUGGUAGAUGGGAUAGCGACGGAUCUUCCAACUCAUCCAACUCAUCCAACUCAACUCGUUAUGAAGAUGAGAUCGAUGGGGUGCUAUACUAUCGGACCCAAGCAGACGUCGUGUCGCGCCCGUGGUUUGAAGCAAUGCCGUAUGAUAAGAAUCCCGAGAGCUGGUCUCGUAUUGCAGAACGUCACUUUUGGUUCCCAUUGCAGUAA